CGUUAUCUGUCCGUGUCUGUGAUAAUAGAAAAGUGUCCGCUUCAUAUCGUUGAGCAAUAGCUAAUCAAUAUUUUCACUAACUGAAUGUGUGUCAUGCUAGGUUAUGUCAGUCAAUGAUAAAGUGUGCGCAAAUAAAUGUUUUAUAUACUACACAAACUAUAUGCACCGUGUCGAUAUCAGAACUAUUGUAAAAAAGGUUAAAAUAUUUAGUGGAUUAAAUCGCAUUAUAUCUAUUAAUUAAUUGUUAUGUUUCUAAAGUGAUACGCAAGAUAUGGAUAAAAAAGUCAAGAAGAUUAUGCCUUUGAACUUGAGUUCCUCCAGCGGUGGCGCAGGAUUAGCUCGUUCAUCGUGCUCGUUAUCAAAAAGUCAGCGCACACCAAGGACGCCACCUGGUAGUCCAGGUUCGCCAGAUGAUGAUCUUGAAUCGCUACAUAGUUAUAGCUCUGUGGCAACUACAGCCUCAUGCGAUCAUGCUUAUGCUGCCAGAAAUGGGACAACAUUCAGCGGACGGCGCAUGAGGUAUGUGGUGCAUUGCUCAUCUCAUGCAGGCCAGACAGGUGAAGAUUACCUGACACCAACUCAACGCGCUCAAAGGCAACUGCGUAGGUUGAGAGCAUUGUUAGGACAGGCGCGCAAGGACCUGGAGAGACGCGAUAGUGACAUCUUUAGGUUAACUAAAGAAGUUGUAGAAUUACGUUUGUAUAAGGCAUCCUUGUGUUCUCCUGAGGAUAUGUCCAAUUCGAGUGAAGCUGUAACUGUUCGCGAAAAUACUAAUGCUGAAGAACUUCCCACUCCAGACUCACCAAUGGCCGAUCUUGGCGAAGAAUAUUUGUUUCAUGAGAUGGAUACAAUUCAUCAUUUGCAUGAAGCUGAUGCUUUGACAUCAACAUUUGAAGGUUGCGAUGGUUUGUGCGGAGGAGGUCAGGAUAUGCAAAGUUCAUUUGCCGACUCAGGACAUUUUGAAGAUAUGACUACUAACACAACGAUAUCAUCGAUUCACAGCUCUAAGGAUAAAAUAAAUAAAUUAACUCGAGAUCAGGCCUGUAGUACUGAAUGUGAAAUCAGUAGCCAACGUGACGGAGAGAGAAAACGUCUCAUGGAACUUUAUGAACGUAGAAUUGAAGAACUGACCAGAACUAGCGAAUCUGAUACACAGGAAAUGAAACGAAAGCACAAUGAUCGCGUGGAAGCUUUAUUGCAGCAGCUAACGGACGUGAACACUCGAUAUGGCGAAUUAGUGCCUGAUUAUGAACAAGCCCGAGAGCGCGUUCGCGAACUGGAAAAACAAUUAGAAAAAUUAGCAAAACAACUUUCUGAACAAGAAGAAAAACAAAAACAGAUGUUGCUCCAUAUGUAUAAUAAAGGACAGGAGGCUGAAAGGAUUGAACAUGCUGAUAGGGUUCUUGAAAUAGCUAGCUCUACAUCAAAUAAAGUAACAGUACCUGAACUUCUGCAGCAAUUACAGAUUACAAAAACUGAGUUAGAUAAUAUUAGAGAUACGAAUUAUUCGCCGGAAAGGCAAUUUGAAAAAUCGCAAAUUCUUCUUAGCGCGAAGGAGGCUGUUUCUUUAUGGGUUCUUGGUGCACGCAAGGCCAUGUAUAGGCGAAUUGUCGAAGCACAAGGAAACAGAAACAAAAUGGACCCAGAGAUAACUCUUCAGUUCUUAAAAUCUGCUAUUUAUUAUUUUCUAACUGAUACAGAAAAUCACCAAAGUCACUUGAAUGCAAUCGAGAGUAUCUUAGGCUUUUCAGAUGAGGAAAAACGUGUAAUUAGUAAAGCUCGUUCUAAGAUUUAA